CGGCUCUUCCCGGGAGCGAUUGUCCCGGUGCCCCUCCCCUGAGGGACAGGGACACCGGGACUCUCCCUGUUCCCUGCGAGCUCAGGCCGAGCCCUUCCCGGAUCCAGCCCGCUCCAAUCCCAUUUGGCCUCCAGAGUCACCGAUUCUCCCGAAAUCCCAAAUUUAUCGUGAGAAUCCUCAGGUUUUCCACCAGAGAUCUCUCAGAUCUGGUCCCGACUCUGGGAUUUCCCAUGGCCUUGCCCGAGGCCUGCGCUCACGUUCCCCGCUGCCCACACAUCCCUCCUGGAUUUGCCUCCUCCAGAUUUCCCUCUUCUCCUGGAUAAAUUUCCCAUCGAUUCUGUAUAUCCCGUGUGCAGCUUGAUUCCCUUCCCACCAACCCCCUGCAAGCAGUCUCCAUCUACCCCCUGGAAUUCCCUAUGGAAUUCCUCUGCCCUGCCUGGACCCUUCACGUCUGUGCCACCAAAAGCCAGAAAUUUGCAAUCAAUCAAAUUCCAUCGUAUCCUAAGGAUCCUCAGGAGUGGCCAGGACUAAUUCCUCAUCACUAAACGGAUACAGCGAGCCUGGUUUGGUUUAACAACAAUCCCAGAGCCUGGAAUUGUGGGGUUAUUGCAGCUACAGGAGCUGCAAUAGGAUGAUCCUUAAAUCCCCUCCCAGCCCAGGCCAUGCCAGCAUUCCAGGACCUCAUGAGAGGGGUGCAGCAAGAGCAGGACCCCAAAGCAGCGUUUUGGAGAGAAGUUUCCUCCAGCCCAUCCCUUAUCCAGACCCAGCCCUUUCCCCUCCCUGUGCCCGGCAGCUCCGGCCCCGAGUGACCUUUCCGGGGUCACCGUGGUGACAUCGGGGCCAAUGUCCAGGCGGGGCCCGGCACAGCCGCGGGGACACCAUGAGGCUGUGGCUGCUCUGUGCCGUGGCCGUGGCCGUGGCCGUGGCCGUGGCCGGGGUGGCCGGAGCUGAGCACGGCGCCUCCGGGAUGGCAGCACGCGGGAGAGAGGGCCGGCGGCGACCGCACAGACCCUGCUCCGGCUGCUUCUCCGUGCUGAGCGAGGAGUCGCAGUCCAUGCCCUGGAAUUCCCGGGAGGAGGAGGCGCCUCAGCCGGGCAGGCGGGCACGGAGUGGGAAGGGACUGGAGGGCAGAGCCCGGAGGGAGAGCCCGGAGCCGGCCCAGCCCGCCGGACACCCCGGGCGCAUCCCGCUGCUGUGAGAGGUGACAGCGGAGCCCCGGCAGGAGCCCGGGCCCGGCGGGGACCCCCGGCAGCCCCCGCGGGGCCUUGCAGCAGUCAUCGAGCAGCCGAGACCGUGGCAGGAGCGAUGCCGGAGCCUGGGAAUGCCGCUGGACACCGGGAGCAGCCCCACGGCAGCAGAGAGCUCAGCUCCCCGCACUGCGCUGAGCCCCCCGCCCUUCCCACCCCCAAAAUGCUUCUGGGGCAGCCGCCCCCGCCUUGCCAAGGCCCCAAAUAAA